GCAACAUCUCUAGCCGAGAGACAUUGACUUGAGCAAGUCUUAUCUACCUCUCCCACUCCCAUACCACUUUUUACGCUUGAAUCAGCAUCCCUUUUGGGCAUCGAACUAUCGAGGCGAAGGCGACGAGGCGGAGUGGAGUACCUCGGCGGCGGGCGGCCGGGAUGAAGGUGCAGUGCGACGUGUGCGCGGCCGAGGCGGCUUCCGUCUUCUGCUGCGCCGACGAGGCCGCGCUGUGCGACGCGUGCGACCGCCGUGUCCACCGCGCCAACAAGCUCGCCGGGAAGCACCGCCGCUUCUCCCUCCUCCACCCUUCGUCAUCGUCGUCAGCAGCGCAGACGAAGCCGCCGCUCUGCGACAUCUGCCAGGAGCGGAGGGGGUUCUUGUUCUGCAAGGAGGACAGGGCGAUCCUGUGCCGGGAGUGCGACGUGCCGGUGCACACCGCGAACGAGUUGACGCGGCGGCACAGCCGGUUCCUGCUCACCGGCGUGCGCCUCUCGUCGGCGCCGGUGGACUCCCCGGCCCCAUCGGAGGGGGAGGAUCAGGAAGAAGAGGAGUUGGAGAACAGCGGCAGCCCCUGCAACGCCGACUCCUGCAGCGGCGGCGCCGGCGCCACCACCGCGGCGAGCGCGAGCGACGGGAGCAGCAUCUCCGAAUACCUGACCAAGACGCUGCCCGGGUGGCACGUCGAGGACUUCCUCGUCGACGACGCGUCCGCCGGCGCCUGCUCCGACGACGCCCUCUAUCAGCAGGGAGAGCAAGGGCAGAUCGGCGGCCUGCUGCAAGAAGCUUACACGCCGUGGACGGGGCGUGAGCAGAUGCUCGCCGACGUCGUCGUCACCACCGACGAGCGGGCCAGCCGGGAGCGGUGGGUGCCGCAGAUGCACGCGGAGUUCGCCGCCUGCAAGCGGGCCAGAGCGUCGCCUCCCUGUUCUUACUGGUGAAAAGCUCGCCGUCUUUCAGUAAGAUGAUGAUCUGUACUGGACUACUAAUAUGUACUAUUAGAAGGUAGGAACGAUGGAAAAAAGGAGAUCUAAAAACGAAUCGAGCGAAUCGUAAACUUUUCGCAUUUCUUCUGGCUA